CAACGCUUCUCUUAUUUUCUCGGGGAGAUUUACUCGCGCGCGGGAUUAAUUGCCCAGAUAAAAAAGAAAAAACCAAAACACUGGCGGCCAGUCAACUAACCAAAUCACUACUACUCGAAAAGCAAGCCUGAAACCAAAGUCAAAACCAUUCCAAAACCGAAAAAGUUUUUAUCGCGAGUUUUGACCUCGACGUGAAAGUUUCCACCGCUGCGUGCACUUGAUAUAUAUAUAGCAUAUAUGGCGAAUGUGAAGAUUGUGGAGUCCAAGCUGGACAUAUUUCAGGCCCCACAGACCCAUGCCUUGGCCCAUGCCGUGGAGUCAUCCUUUGUGGCGGAACGAGGAUCCCUGGCCUGGCAAUUUGCCCUGAUCUAUGGAGAUGUGGAUGAGCUCAGGCAGAGGCGAGUGGCCAGGGGAAACUGCGCCGUUCUGGAGCAUAACUCCCGAUUCAUAUACUAUCUGGUCACCAAGUCGAAUCUCUAUGAGGCCAGCACUUACGACGACGUCCAGGCCGCUUUGAUCUGUAUGCGGGAACAUAUGCGCAACCACGAGAUCACCAAAGUGGCCAUGCCCCGAGUCUGCUGCGACAAAGACGGCCUCGAGUGGAGGCAAGUGAAGCGUCUGGUGCAGCAAACCUUCUCCCAGAGCGAGUACCCCAUUGAGGUACUCAUCUGUGAGCACGAAGACAUGUCCAAGGAGCUGGCAUCUCCUAAGUGUCAAAUUACAGAGGCCAGGGGAAAUCUAUUCAGCGCCCCAGAGAAUUACGCUUUGGUGCACUCUGUCAGUGCGGAUUUCGCCAUGUGUGCGGGACUAAAUCUGCAGUUCCGCUGCAAAUUUGGCCAUGUGGAUGAGCUGAAGCGUCAGAAUAGGCACACCGGAAAUGUGGCAGUCCUGGAGCAAGAUGGUCGUUAUAUCUACAAUCUGAUAACCAAGGAGCGAAGCCAUGAGAAGUGCACCUAUACUGCUCUUUACUAUGCCCUCCUAGCCAUGCGGGAACAUAUGAGGGAGCAUGGGGUAACCAAGUUAGCCAUUCCCCGCCUGGGCUGCGGCAUCGAUCGUUUGGAUUGGCUGCGCGUGCGCAGUCUUCUGGAUCUGGUUUUCGCUGAGGACAACGUGGACAUCAUAGCCUUCUUCUACACUCCACCUCAAAUGGUCAAAGACACGCUGAACAUCGUUUGUCCCACCUGCAGGCACAUGAAGACCAUCCAGUUGCCAUCGAGAUCCGUCAGCGGUUCAAGGCAAUCCCUUCAUCGCGAAAAGACUCCAUUCUAAAUGAUUUAAAUCCAAUGAGGAAACACUGUAUAUAGCACUCGAAACGGUUUUGCUUGGGACUUGUGGCACCGAAUGCACCAAAUACUUAUAUAGCUGUUAAGAACAUACACCUAAGAGCUUUCAAGGCACGCAAAAUUUAUAUAUUUUUGGGGUAUUUAUAUUAUAUUUACUGUAUUAAUAAACGAAAUAAGCCCUCGAGAGGGUAUUAACCAAA